AUGAAGUUCUCCGCUGCUGUCCUUGCCUUCGCCGCCGGCGCCAUGGCCAACAAGAACAUCACCUACGUCACCGAGGUCGUCUCUGCCUACACCACCUACUGCCCGGCUGCCACUGUCAUCACCCACGGUGACAAGACCUACACCGUCACCUCGGCCACCACCCUGACCAUCACUGACUGCCCCUGCACUGUCACCAAGCCGGUCAUCACCUCCUCCAUCGUCAAGUGCGAGACCUGCACCGCUCCCACCAAGAACGCCACCAUCCCCAUCGCCACUCCCGCCGUCUCCAAGACCGCCCCUGCCACCGGCGCCAUCACCCCCACCAAGCCCGUCUCCGUCCCUACCGCCGGUGCUGGCAAGGCCGCUGCCCUCUCCGGUGCCGGUCUGGCCGGUGUCCUCGGUCUCGCUGCCUUCGUCCUCUAA